UUUGGGAGUGGCAAGAGCUGUAUAAAACCAGUCAGUCAUCCCAGCAAGUAAACUGAAGUAAGCCUGAGAGAAACUUAGCUGUCAAGCCAAUAGUUCCUCAGUCUCAAAGACUCCAUCAGUUCUUUCUCUGGAGGUGGAUGGUAUUUUUCAUCAUGAGUCCUUGGGAAUUGUCUUGGAUCAUUGUAUUGCUGAGAAUAUCUAAGUCAUUCACAGUUGUUCAUCGUACAGUAUUGCUGUUACUGUGUACAAUGUUCUCCCGGUUCUGCUCACUUCACUCUGCAUCAGUUCAUGUUGAAACAAUGGAGGACGUGCAGGCAGCAAACAUGGAAUUUGCCCUCAACUUUUUCAAGCAUAUGAAUCAAAUAGAUAAUAACCAGAAUAUCUUCUUUAGCCCUUGGAGCAUCUCCUCUACCCUGACCAUGAUAUCUAUGGGUGCUCGGGGUAAAACAGCAGAGCAGAUGGCAGAGGUACUUCAGUUUAAUAAGACUGGAGGAGAUGAGGUUGAUAACCCUCUGAGAACAAAUAAUUAUACGGACUGUGGGAUGAUGCAGCAAAUCCAGAAGAAUCACUAUCCUCGUGCCAUUCAGAAGGCACAAGCUGGAAGCAAAAUCUUCUCCUCCUUCAAGGAUCUCAGUACUGCUAUCAACCUACCUUCAGAAGAUUAUCUUCUUGAAAGUGCCAAUAAGCUGUUUGGAGAGAAGUCCUCAAGAUUCAAGGAAGAAUACCUGAGGCUUUGCAAGGAAUAUUUCUCUGCAGAACCACAAUCUGUUAACUUUCAAGGAGAUGCGAAUGGCGCUAGAAAGGAGAUCAACAGCUGGGUUGAAACUCAGACAAAAGGUAAAAUUCCAGAGUUGUUACCAGAGGGAUCUGUGGAUGAUGAUACCAAGUUGGUCCUGGUUAAUGCUGUUUACUUCAAAGGAAAAUGGAAAACUCCAUUCCAGAAUAAAGCAAAGAGACCACAGCCUUUCCGAGUAACCUUGACUGAGCGUAAACCUGUACAGAUGAUGUACCUUCAAGCUAAGUUGCACCUUGGCUACAUAGAGGAGCUGAAGUCUCAGAUUGUGGAAAUUCCUUAUGCUGGUGAUAUCAGCAUGUUUGUUCUGCUUCCUGAUGAAAUUGCUGACUCUUCCACUGGGUUGGAAUUGCUAGAAAGAGAAAUAACCUAUGAAAAACUUACUGCAUGGAUCAAAAAAGCCACAAUGGAGAGUAAUGAUGUUCAUGUGUUCCUGCCCAAAUUCAAGAUGGAAAAGAAUUAUGAAUUCAAGUCCAUCCUGCAGAGCAUGGGGAUGAAUGAUGCCUUUAGCAAAAUUCAAGCCAAUUUUUCAGGAAUGUCAGAGAGUAAUGAUCUCUUUCUGUCUGAAGUGUUCCAUCAAGCUUCAGUAGAUGUCAAUGAAGAGGGCACUGAGGCAGCUGCUGGCACAGGGGGUGUCAUGACAGGGCGAACUGGUCAUAUUGGACUGCAAGUUGUGGCAGAUCAUCCUUUCCUUUUCUUUAUCAUACAUAAGAAAACCAAUACUAUCCUUUUCUUUGGCAGAUUCUGCUCCCCCUAAAAUGGAAAUAUUCUGUCUGCACAGGAUCUUAAACCAUGAGCAGCAAACCUCAAAGCUGUUAUCUAGCAGUGCAAAAGCCCAGAGGUUCUUCAUUGUGUUCCUGUUUCUCUGGGCAAGUUUUAUAGAUUACAAAUGAUUAACUGCUCUCAUCAUUUUAAUAGAAAUGGAAAGAAUGAUGUGCACAUUUGAAGUGAGAGGAACAUUGGUUUGACUGUUCCCUGUUUAUUUUGGAGUAUAGUUUUCAUUGUGUUAUUUAUUAUUUUAUAAUAUGGUAUUUUAUAAAUAUUAACAACUGUUUAUUGAAUAUAUAACUGAUGAAGCCACAAUCUGCCAAUAGGAAAAGUGACAUGCUAAUAAUGCAUUUAGACUUUGUGUCUUGCAGUUAAUGACUAGAAAAUGUCCUCUUUCACUACCUCCAGGGGGAAUUAGUACAAUUAAAAUGUUCAAAGAAAACAAUUUUGAAGGAAAUUUAAACUACAAUGUAUGUAAAUAUAUCUUAUGUAGAUUUUUAAUAUAAGCACAGAGUUGUGUGUAGAACUAAAAUGGCAAGACAAAUAAAAAUAAACAAUGACAAUAAAA